AUGGGUGACGACUUCCUUGGCUGGUGGCAGGUUAGUGAUUGGAAGGCGUUACCAGAGUCAGCCAUCGAAACCACCAUCAGUCACCAUCAGUCACCACCAGUCACCACCAGUCACCACCAGGCACCACCAGUCACCACCAGUCACCACCAGUCACCAUCAGUCACCACCAGUAACACCACCCUCACCACCAUCACCAGAGUCCUGAUCUCCACCAUGAAAUCAAAAACCCGGUACCAUUGUCCCCAUUUCGGCUGCAAAAAGUCCUACACGCGUCGGGACUAUGUUGAGCGUCAUGCCGUUAAUCACAUGACCACAAAACCAUACAUCUGCCUGGUGUGCGACCGAUACUUCAGUCGAGCAGACCUGUUCGAACACCACAUGGACACAAAGUACCACCGAAAACGUGCGGAAAAAUACCAACACCCAGAUCAUCCAUGGCAGGCGCCGGAGACCAUGAUGGGACCGGGUCAAGGGAUCGCUCCUGGCCAAGGGCUCGCUUCUGGUCCCGGUCUCGGUCUCGGUCCCGGCCCCGGUCCAGAUGGAUUCGAAACUCCCCAAACGACUUUCGACAACGAAGUCAUGUCUCCAAACGAACCUCAGGACCACCUAACCGCCCCCAACCCGGACUCGUACUUUGUCUACCAACAGAAACAUGAGUCAUCCUAUUAUUACCCCUCACAGCCGCUGUUUCUGGCCCCCGUUCCCCGAGCCAUGUCCCAGAAUCAUAGCCAGAGUCUUAGCCAGAGCCAGAGUCUUAGCCAGAGUCAUAACCUGUCCAGCCGUCUGUCUAGUCACCCAAGCAGCCUUUCCCCGAACCAUUCUCAGACCCAGAGUCAUAGUCUGAGUCCCCACCAAAACCACAGCCACCCCGCUGUCCACUCCACCCAACCAAUGCUCAUGUCACAACAUGGGCCAGCCCAACAGGUGUAUCCCUGGCUGCCAUCCCAGGCGAACCCCAUCCACUAUGUAUAG